GCCUCCGAGGAGGAGGAGCAGGUGCCUUACCCGGCGCUGGCACCCACCGCCUUCUUCUGCCUCAAGCAAACCACCCGCCCGCGCAGCUGGUGCCUCAGGCUGGUCUGUAACCCCUGGUUCGAGCACGUCAGCAUGCUGGUCAUCCUCCUGAACUGUGUCACCCUGGGCAUGUUCCAACCCUGCGAGGACGUGGAGUGCCAGUCAGAGCGGUGCACCAUACUGGAGGCAUUUGACGACUUCAUUUUCGCUUUCUUUGCGGUGGAGAUGGUCAUCAAGAUGGUGGCUCUGGGGAUCUUCGGGCAGAAGUGUUACCUUGGAGAUACGUGGAAUCGCCUGGACUUCUUCAUCGUGAUGGCGGGCAUGAUGGAGUAUUCUCUGGAUGGACACAACGUGAGCUUGUCUGCCAUCCGCACCGUCCGGGUACUUCGGCCGCUACGAGCCAUUAACAGGGUCCCAAGUAUGCGAAUACUCGUCACCCUGCUGUUAGAUACUCUGCCUAUGUUAGGCAACGUCCUCCUCUUGUGCUUCUUUGUCUUCUUCAUCUUUGGGAUUGUUGGUGUGCAGCUCUGGGCAGGGCUGCUGAGAAACAGGUGUUUCCUAGACAAGAAUUUUGCAAUGACAUACAACCUUACUUUCCUGCAUCCGUACUACCGAACAGACGAAGCGGAGGAGAAUCCAUUCAUCUGCUCAUCGCAUCGUGAAAACGGCAUGCAGAAAUGCUCCAACAUCCCAAACAGGAGGGAGUACAAGGUGGAGUGCACCUUGAGCAUGGACUCCUACACCCCAAGUUUAUACAACCCUGACUUCAGCAGCAGGAACGCCUGCAUAAACUGGAACCAGUAUUACAACGUAUGCAUGGCAGGGGACGUAAACCCACACAACGGAGCUAUCAAUUUUGAUAAUAUUGGAUAUGCCUGGAUAGCUAUUUUUCAGGUUAUAACCCUGGAAGGAUGGGUUGACAUCAUGUAUUAUGUGAUGGAUGCACAUUCUUUUUACAAUUUUAUAUAUUUUAUAUUGCUUAUAAUAGUUGGUUCCUUCUUCAUGAUUAACUUGUGCCUGGUUGUGAUAGCAACACAGUUUUCUGAAACAAAGCAGCGGGAGAACCAGCUGAUGCAGGAGCAGCGGGCCCGUUAUCUCUCCAACGACAGCACAAUUGCCAGCUUCUCGGAGCCAGGUAGCUGCUACGAGGAGCUGCUCAAGUACAUCUGCCACAUCUUCAGGAAGGUGAAACGGCGGACAAUACGUCUGUACAAUAACUGGCAGAGUAAGCGCCGGAAAAAAGUUAACCCAAAUAGCACCACAAAUGGGCAAAGCCACCGAUGCAAAAAGCGUAUCACUUCCAUACACCACCUCAUCCACCAUCACCAUCACCACCACCACCACCACUAUCACAUCAGCAAUGGGAGCCCUCGGGGGCCACGCUCCAACCCUGAGAUCUGCGACCUGGAACUCAAGGUCAUGAAACCUGGAGGCCAAUUGAUGCUUCCUUCUCCAUCACCCAACUUGCAGAGCCCCGCUCCUCCUCCAGAUUCGGAGUCUGUGCACAGCAUUUACCAUGCAGACUGUCAUGUUGAAGGACCGCAAGUGAACUGUAAGUCUUCCAAUGCCCCUGCAAGCAUUAAGCUGACUGCCGGACUCUCCAACCAUGGCAACAUGAAUUAUCCUACCAUCCUGCCUUCUCCAACUAGCAAAGCCAGUUCUGUUCCAGUUCCCAAAGGAAAGAAGAACGGCAAUUCACCUGUGGCCGUGGUUAAUAGCCCUGUAAAUAUGGGCACGGAAUCUUAUGGGAAGCUGCAGCAACUGGUAGGAGAGCAUGGUCUGCGGCGGACGCCCAGCCGGCUGUCAGGGCUGAGCGCGGCCUGCCCGCUGCCCAGCCCGCCGGGCGGCACGCUGACCUGCGAGCUGCAGGACUGUCCCUUCUGCGCCAGCCUCCUGGAGGACCCCGAGUUCGCCUUCAGCGAGUCCGACAGCUGCGACUCCGACAGCAACGGCGUCUACGAGUUCACCCAGGACCUGCGGCACGGCGACCACAGAGACCAGCUCCAGCAGCAGCGGGGCAGGAGGAGGAAGAAGAAGAAGAAACCCAAGGAGAGGAACAAGGUCACCCGCCUGUGGAAAGCUUUCGGCAGCAAGCUGAAGAGGAUCGUGGAGAGCAAAUAUUUCAACCGGGGGAUUAUGAUCGCCAUUCUCAUCAACACGCUGAGCAUGGGCAUUGAGUACCACGAGCAGCCAGACGAGUUGACCAACGCCUUGGAGAUCAGUAACAUCGUCUUCACAAGCAUGUUUGCCCUGGAGAUGCUCCUGAAACUCCUUGCCUUUGGCCUCUUCGGCUACAUCAAGAACCCGUACAACAUCUUUGAUGGGAUCAUAGUUGUCAUCAGUGUUUGGGAGAUCAUUGGCCAGUCAGAUGGAGGCCUCUCUGUGCUACGAACUUUUCGGCUGCUCCGGGUGCUGAAACUGGUGCGUUUCAUGCCUGCCCUCCGUCGCCAGCUGGUGGUCCUGAUGAAGACAAUGGACAAUGUGGCCACAUUCUGCAUGUUGCUCAUGCUCUUCAUCUUUAUCUUCAGCAUUCUCGGCAUGCAUCUUUUUGGAUGCAAGUUCAGCCUGAAAACUGAUACGGGAGACACAGUUCCAGAUAGAAAGAAUUUUGAUUCCUUACUUUGGGCCAUUGUGACUGUAUUUCAGAUCCUCACUCAAGAGGACUGGAACGUGGUCCUGUACAAUGGGAUGGCAUCUACAUCCUCAUGGGCAGCGCUCUACUUUGUGGCCCUGAUGACCUUCGGCAAUUACGUGCUCUUCAACCUUCUUGUUGCCAUUCUGGUAGAAGGCUUCCAGGCAGAGGGUGAUGCCAAUAGGUCAGACACAGAUGAGGACAAGACAUCUGCCAACUUCGAUGAUGAUUUUGAAAAGCUAAAAGACCUCCGAGCAACAGAGAUGAAGAUGUACUCACUUGCCGUCACCCCAAAUGGACACCUGGAGGGCAGGGGAAGCAUGCCACCUCCUAUAAUCAUGCGCACUGCUGCCACACCAAUGCCCACACCGAAAUGUUCCCCACACAUGGAUUCAGUGCACACUUUUGUGGACUCAAGGAGAGGGAGCAACGCUUCACUAGACCCCUUGAACUACGAUCAGAAGUCCUUGUCCAGCCUCCGCAGUUCCCCUUGCGCCAACUGGGGCACCAGCAGCAACUGGGGAAGCCGACGCUCAAGCUGGAAUAGCCUGGGCAGAGCCCCAAGCCUCAAGAAGAAGAACCAGUCAGGAGAGAGAGAGUCCUUGCUCUCUGGGGAGGGGAAAGGCAGCACAGACGAUGACUCCGACGACGCCAAGUCCAGCACAGUCAGCAGGCCCUCGUUGCACCGCCGGGCAGAGUCCCUGGACUGCCGCAGCUCCCUGGACCUGCCUGAGCUGCUCCAGUUGCCCACCAUGCGCCACUCACUCAGUGUCAACCCCAUGGCCGUUCUGCCUGCCGAGUACCAAGACUGCAACGGCAAGAUGGUUCACGUCCCCAGUGAGUUCUUCCUGCGUGUCGACAGCCACAAGGAAGAUGCCAUAGACUAUGAGGAUGACAUGGAGGAUAGCUACUGCUACCGAAUUCGUAAAGUCCUGGAGCCCUACAAACCACAGUGGUGCAAGAGUCAUGAAGACUGGUCCCUGUACUUGUUUUCCCCACAGAAUCGGUUCCGAGUGAUGUGCCAGAAGGUCAUUGCCCAUAAAAUGUUCGAUCACGUAGUGCUGGUCUUCAUAUUUCUCAACUGCAUCACUAUAGCACUGGAGCGACCAGACAUAGACCCCCACAGCACGGAAAGGAUAUUCCUAAGUGUUUCUAAUUACAUCUUCACUGCAAUCUUUGUGGCUGAAAUGAUGGUUAAGGUGGUAGCUCUUGGCUUUUUCUCUGGGGAGAACACCUAUCUGCAGAGCAGCUGGAAUGUCCUGGAUGGAGUCCUGGUCUUUGUAUCUAUCAUUGAUAUUAUUGUCUCCAUGGCAUCGGCAGGCGGAGCUAAGAUCCUGGGUGUCCUUCGCGUUUUGAGGCUUCUGCGGACCUUGAGACCUCUCCGAGUCAUCAGCAGAGCCCCAGGUCUGAAGCUGGUGGUAGAAACCUUGAUCUCCUCCUUGAGGCCUAUUGGGAAUAUUGUUCUCAUCUGCUGUGCAUUCUUCAUUAUCUUUGGGAUUUUAGGGGUCCAGCUUUUCAAAGGCAAGUUCUACUACUGUGAUGGUCCUGAUGUAAAAAACAUCACUACGAAGACUGACUGCACUAACGCACGCUACAAAUGGGUUCGGCGGAAGUACAAUUUUGACAAUUUGGGACAGGCCCUCAUGUCCUUGUUUGUCCUCUCCUCCAAAGAUGGCUGGGUGAACAUCAUGUAUGAUGGUUUGGAUGCCGUGGGUAUUGACCAACAGCCCGUCCAGAACCAUAACCCUUGGAUGCUUCUCUACUUCAUCUCCUUCCUGCUCAUCGUCAGCUUCUUCGUGCUCAACAUGUUUGUGGGGGUGGUGGUGGAGAACUUUCACAAGUGCCGACAGCACCAGGAGGCGGAGGAGGCUCGGCGUCGGGAGGAGAAGCGGCUGAGACGCUUGGAGAAAAAGCGCAGGAGUAAGGAGAUAUACCUGUCUGAAGCCCAACGCAGACCUUACUACGCUGACUAUUCCCCAGCGCGGAAGUACAUUCACACCCUCUGCACCAGCCACUAUCUCGACCUCUUCAUCACGUUCAUCAUUGGGGUCAAUGUCAUCACUAUGUCGAUGGAGCACUACAACCAGCCAAAGUCCCUGGAUGAAGCCCUGAAGUACUGCAACUAUGUGUUCACCAUAGUUUUUGUGUUUGAGGCAGUUCUGAAGUUGGUGGCGUUUGGUUUUCGAAGGUUCUUUAAGGACAGGUGGAAUCAGCUGGAUUUGGCCAUAGUUCUCUUAUCAAUUGUGGGAAUCACGCUGGAGGAAAUUGAGAUGAAUGCUGCACUGCCCAUCAAUCCCACAAUAAUACGCAUCAUGCGGGUGCUGAGAAUAGCAAGAGUGCUGAAACUGCUUAAAAUGGCCACUGGGAUGCGAGCUCUCCUGGACACAGUGGUACAAGCGCUUCCCCAGGUAGGGAACCUUGGCCUACUUUUUAUGCUCCUGUUUUUUAUCUAUGCUGCCCUGGGAGUGGAAUUGUUUGGCAAGCUAGAAUGCAGUGAAGAAAAUCCUUGUGAAGGUCUGAGUCGACAUGCAACUUUCACCAACUUUGGCAUGGCCUUUCUUACCCUCUUCAGGGUGUCAACAGGAGACAACUGGAAUGGUAUCAUGAAGGACACUCUCCGGGAAUGCACUCGGGAAGACAAGCACUGCCUCAGUUACCUGCCUGUUAUCUCUCCUGUCUACUUCGUCACCUUCGUCCUCAUCGCACAGUUCGUCCUAGUCAAUGUAGUGGUGGCAGUGCUGAUGAAGCACUUGGAGGAGAGCAACAAGGAGGCCAAGGAGGAUGCUGAGAUGGAUGCUGAGAUCGAGUUGGAGAUGUCCAGAGGAGCAAGCACCUCGGCCACCAGUGGGAGCAGGGGAGGUGCAGUGGCCCUGGAGAGCAGGGCACCCUACAGAAGUCAGGAGACCAUGAAGUCAGAGUCAGCGGUGCAGGUGAAGCACCAAGCCUUGAGUAGCUUUGAGGAGAAGGGCAUCACCCCUCAGGCCGGGCUGAAAGCAUCUCUGGGAAAAUCAGAGCAGAACAGUGGCGGCACAGCCUCUCUGAGGCCACAGGACUCUCAAAACCUGCUGACGGUCCGCAAGAUCUCCGUUUCCCGUAUGCACUCCUUGCCCAACGACAGCUACAUGUUCCGGCCAGUGAUGCCAGCGAAAGCUCCUUUCCCCCUCCAUGAGGUGGAGAUGGAAACGUAUCCCUGCAAAUCCCAAAGAGGGUCCAUCACCUCCAUCCGCUCCCAGCCCGUGGGAACGUGUUCCUCUCUGAGAGUCCCAACGGAGUCCCUCCAGCUGGCAGUCCGUUCUCCCAACCACGAAGGCCGCCACCGCUGGAAGAUCCUUCCCCCCCACGUCACACCUCGAUCUCCUACUCUCAACAAGCUGCUGUGCAGACAGGAGGCCAUCCGAAGGGACUCUGUGGACGGGCAGACUCCGGACCGCAAGGACAGCCUGCAAGCGGAGCCUGGAGAGACGCUACCAUCAGCAAAGCAGCCCCAGAGCACCUUCACCCCCAGCCCACUCCAUUCCACAGCCGCCUCCCUCCCGGGCACCCCCCCGCAGUCCCCCCCGUCCUCCCCACAUCGACAUCCCAGCACGCUCACGCGGAAGCACAGCUGCGGCCAGCACGGCGUCCCCUCUCAGCCACCCAGCCCCGGCGGCAGCCCUCCCAACCCCGAGGGCAGCCUCUUCGAGUCCUCCGACCUGGCUGACGAGGAGGUUCGCCACAUCAACAGCUCGGCCAAAGACUGGGGAGGGGAGCACUCAAACGCUGGGAGCCGCUCGACUUCGCCGUUCGUCUCCCCGGCCCCAUCUCCGGUGCCCCUCAAGAACUGCAGCACAACCAGCCUCUCCAGAGGCAGCAGCAAGGAGAAAGACUUGAAGAAGUUUUACAGCAUCGAUACGAAGGGCUUCCUCAACAAGCCCAGCUGGGCAGACGACCAAAGGCGGCACUCCAUCGAGAUCUGCCCUUCCAUCAGCGAUGGGGACUGUAGCUUUGAGGACCGUGCCCACAUCCAGACGGAGUCCGAGUACAUCCAUGGAGCCCGGAGGAAGAAGAAGAUGAGCCCGCCCUGCAUUUCUAUAGAUCCUCCCAUGGAGGAUGAUGGCGGGGCGGCCUCGCGCACCAAACCCUCUGAGAACAGCAUGCUGCGGAGAAGGACCCCAUCCUGCGAGUUCCCGGCUUACAGAGAGUCCCUGGAGCUUGCGGAGAGCCAGCCCGGGGAGCCGGCCUCCAAAGCGGAGCGCCGGGGCCAGCUCCCGUGCCGCGGGGAGCACCUGACCAUCCCCAACUUCUCCUUCGAGCAGUUGGACGGCAGCUCCUUGAGCAGCCUCUCGGAUCUCCUCCUGGACAGCGGUCAGUCCACGCCGGCCUCCGUGGACUCCCGGCCGGACCCCGCCACCUCCGAACUGAAAAAGCCGGAUCACUUAAAAACUCAGUGGAGCAACUCCGAGAAAAGCAAAGAGCUCCUGGGCGUUGCUAAGAGCCCCCUCCAGAAGCAGGACUUGGUCCCGGUGACUGUUGCGACAGAAGAAGACAUAGAUGACCCAGUAUAG